AUGGUUCAACAUUUCAUUCAGCAAAUGCAGUCUGAGUUUGAGAUGAGCUUAAUUGGUGAGUUGACCUAUUUUCUUGGUCUUCUGGUUAAACAAAUGAAAGAUACAAUCUUCAUGUCACAGGGUAAAUAUGUCAAGAACAUUGUGAAGAAAUUUGGCAUGGAUAAUGGUGGUCACAAGAGAACUCCAGCUGUCACUCACUUGAAGCUGACAAAUGAUGAAAGUGGUAUAUCUGUUGAUCAAAGCAUGUAUAGAAGCAUGAUUGGGAGUUUAUUGUAUCUUACUGCAAGCAGUGAAAACUCUGAGCUGAUGGGCUAUUGUGAUGCUGGCUGGGCAGGAAGUGCAGAUGAUAGGAAACGUACCUCUGGUGGAUGUUCCUUCCUAGGAAAUAAUCUAGCUUCUUGGUUCAAUAAGAAACAGAACUGUGUAUCUCUGCCUACUGCUAAAGCUGAGUACAUAGCAGCAGGAACUUGUUGCUCACAACUUGUUUGGAUGAAGCAGAUGUUGAAGGAGUAUAAUGUGGAACAAGAUGUUCUAACUUUAUACUGUGACAACCUAAGUGCUAUCAACAUUUCCAAGAACCCUAUUCAAUAA